GGAAAGGUUUUAUAUUCACGAGGAUACUACAGCUCAAUACAAGCAUAUCCUAAGACAAAGGCUUCAGCUCAUCCAACUUAUGAACUGCAUUGACAGAGUUCAACCGAGGAUUGAAUCACAAUUCCUCGCAACGAGGAAUCGGUCCAAGAUGGCCAAACUCGGUAUGGAUGCGAGCUGACGUGGGUGAAGCUUACCGAGGUCGCCCGUGGCAGCGCUAGAAUCAUGGGCGAAGUGAACUCACCUUACCCAAGAAAUCUAAAAGGUAGAGGCGUGUCGCGAGGCUGCGCACGACAGGUCAGCACGGGGACGUCAAAAUAAUUGGUUUUGCGAGAUUGUAUCGUGCCGCAGCAACGCAAGCGACUUGGUAGAAGGAAUGAGUUAUACGCGCCGAGCGUGGCGCACGCCAAGUUCAGACAAUCGUUCCUACAUCCAGCGUGAAAGAUUGCACUCACCAUUCUCAGUGUGUUAUACGGUCGUGACGACAGUUGCCGAGCUUGCCAACGGCGACGCAGAGUGCUCCGUUUGCAUGGGCCUCGGCGUCAGAACGCGUGGGCAGCCCACGCGUCGCCGCGUGAUCGUGGCUCGUCGGCGAAUGAGGCGCGGCGAGGCGGCCUGUCAGUCGUUUAUGCGUCUGGGAAUGCGUCGCGAGUGCGUCGAAAAAAGCGCGGGAGGUGAAGACCAGGUGCGAGGGUCAGUGAAACACUAGGAAGUUGGUGAUGAUGAAUACUCAACUUCGGUUCAAAAUCGACUGAGAUCCGGCAGGACAACACCGUCAUCUGGUAAGGAAUGGUCAGUCGAGCUGAGGUAUUGGAGACGCGGAGAAAGGAGGGGGGGCGAUGUCGAUGCAAUCGAGGCGGGAUUUCCUGGGAGGGCAAGGGGAAGGUCUAGGGCGAGGGCCGAAAGCCGAGGGUGUAUGGUCACGAUGUACAGGAAAGACAGGAGGACGCGAGGGGUUGACUAGUAUGGAGAGGGACGGACCCAGACGAAGGGGGGGGGGGGGG